AUGAAACCAACAGACAUUGGCGAUGGUGUACUUGUUGACGAUGGGAUUGAUUUGAUCAAUCCUAAAGAUUAUCAUAACAAAGCAAAGAGAGAUGCAGCAUACAAUAUAUUAGUAGAAAAAUAUAAGUUAAUUGAUGCUAAUGCUGAUAAGGAUACAGUUGUUAAAAAGAUAAACUCCUUCCGCACUAACUAUAGAAGAGAAAAGAAGAAAGUUGAAGAUGCGGAUCACUCUGGAAUGGGUACAAAUGAACGUUAUGAGCCCACACUUUGGUACUAUCACCUGUUACACUUUAUACGAGAUCAAGAGACACCUAGAAAAUCAGUAUCUAACUUGAAUGAGACAGAGGACAAUGGCGAAUCUGGAAGUAAAAGUGCAUUCACAGGCCUAAUGUUUUCCAAUGCAACUCCACCGACAUCAACUUCUUUUUCCUUUUUAUCAAAUCUUGCUGCUCCAAAAACUAAUGGCUUUAGUGAGAGUACCAAGAAGUCAGUACCAGAUACUCAAGAAAAGUUUUCUGUCCCAACUUCAACUACCAAUACCACUUCUUUUGGACAUACAAAAAGCACUAAUGCUCCAAAUGAUACUAGUAUUCCAAAAUCUACAGACAAAAAGUCUGAAAUUUAUUAUUCAAAACUGAAAGGGCUCAACGAAAGUGUUUCGAAUUGGAUUAAAAAACAUGUAGAUGCAAACCCUCUCAUAAAUCUACAACCGAUAUUUAAAGAUUAUGAACAGUACUUCAAAGAGUUGGAACUAGAAACUAAUUCAACAUCUGCAGAUGAAAACGAACUGACAGUGGUUGAUACUGAAAAAGAGAAACAAGUCUCUUCAAUGAGUAACUUCGUUUUCAAAGCUUUACAAAAUGUUCCUGACAGUACCACUGAGAAAACUAACUCUGACACACAAAAAACGAAUGCUGAAGAACAGAUUCCGAAAUUUUCAUUUGUUUCACCUCCAGUAACAAAUCCUUCAACACAAAAAAGUUAUACUGAAGUACAGAUUCCGAAAUUUUCAUUUGGUUCUUCUUCAGUAACGAAUCCUUCAGCUGCUAGUAAACCAACUUUUGGAUUUGGCAAUAUGUCAACAACAAAAACCUUUUCUUUAGGAACACCAAAUGCUAGCACAUCAACUACACCGGCCAGUAUAUCAAGUUCGUUUUCAUUUGGAUCAAAAUAUCCAUCUACCAUGUCAACCUUCAGCAGUUCAACUCCUUUCACAUUUGCAAAUGUAACAAAACCUCCAGCCACUCAAGAAUCGUCAGCAGAUGCAGAUGAUAACUAUGAGCCUCCUAAAAAUGAUUUCAAACCAGUAAUUGAAACUGAUUAUAUAUACACGAUACGGUGUAAAGUUUUUGUAAAAAAAGAUGAUAAAUUUGGAGAUCGUGGUGUUGGUAAUUUAUACUUGAAAUCAAUUGAGGGCAGUGAAAAAGUUCAGUUGAUCGUUAGGGCUGACACAAAUCUAGGAAAUUUAUUGUGUAAUUUCAUACUGUCGGAGAGCAUUCCUACAAAGCGAAUGGGAAACAAAGACGUCAUGCUCAUCUGUUUGCCGACUCCAGAAUUUAAACCCCCUCCUGUUCCUAUAUUACUGAGGGUGAAGACAAGUGAGGAAGCCGAUAAAUUAUUGGAAGUUUUGGAGAAGCAUAAAAAGUAAUUCUCGAGCUGUUACUAUUUUUAUUCUGUCUUUAUUAGGGUCAAUAUGAUUAAAUAUUGUUUUUUA